UAUCUAAAAUGCAACCCAAAACCUCAAGUAUUGCAUCUCUGAUAUCUGUGUGUGAUGAAGGUGUGAGAAGGUUCAGCCCAUCUAGUUUACCUGGACUCCUCUACACAGUUGUCUACCAGAGCUUAGAUCUAUCCCUGACAGGAGUAGAUUUUAUUUUACAGUUUAUAUUCUUCACGUGGGCCUCUGUUUACCAGUUGGUUUUGUACCUGCUCUACCUGGGACUAAUGAUAUUCUGUAAGCUGACCGGCCAAACGAGGCAGCUAGAGAAAACAGACGAGAUGGUUAAACGCUUACAGACAGAGUUACGGCUAAAGGAAAUGAGUCUGUAUGAACAAGCUGGUCUCUACUUUAUAGAACAGGAGAGCGGUUAUCUUACAGAAUCCACGGACCUCGAAACAUCUGAUCUGGAUGAACAAGAUGUCGAUUUUGAGAUCUCGGAAACUGAUCCAUCAAGGACGGAUUCAUUUCUUGACAGCUCCAAGUGCGACCUACAUAAUAACCGAAUUAUUGCUGCGGAAACUGAAAAUCAAUUUAUGAUAAAUUCCCAAAUUAAAACUAAGGUGGUGGAACCUUCUUCUCAGGGACUGAUGUUCUCUGAUGUUGGAUUAGAGGAUGAAUGUGAUGAGAACCAGAAUUAUCCUGACUCCGGGUUUGAUGAUUCUACGGAUGCGGACUGUUCAGUUCACAGUCUGGAAAGAUAAAACUCCUGUGUUGGAAAGUUUUAUUAUUCUGAAUAUUUUAUUUGCUAGUUUUAUUUUAGUCAAGCUCAAGCCAACGAUCUUCGGAUCUAAAAAUGCUUUUAGGUCUAAGACCAAUUAUGCUUUAUUUUUGCAAGUUUUCUCGCUUACAUUUUUAUAUUUUUUAAACGUCCUAUCUCAGCUACGUGAUAUAAACUCUAAUCUCUAAACUCUAAAAAGUCUCAUUCUACUAUAAUGUGAUAUGUUUAAAACCAAGAGGUUUUUGCUAAUGUGAUAUUUAUUAAAUUGUGCCAAAACUAUAUUUUGCUCUUUAUACUCCUAGUAAAUGAUUUACAACGAUGUUUAAUUUAUAU